AAAUUUACUUUUAUCGUCAUCGUUCCGGUCUGACGAUUUCGGAUUGCAUUCUGUUUAGCCUUCACCUUGUGACUGUUCCGCCACUUCAUUCCGCGGAUAAGCACUUUCCGCAAUGUUAAAACAACGAAGAUCUAAUAAGGUUUUAUUAGCAUUAUCAGUGGCAAAUUUGUCGCUUAUCUUCUUGCUUACAAUUCGCCUAGACGAUUUUGAUUCCAGGAUCUCAUUUACAAGGAAUGAACUGGUUAAUCGAAGAAAUAAAACUAUUUUGAUAUGGGACCACCCCGAAACUCUCGACACUUCUACCUUCGGCGAAGGACACGAACCUUUCAUGAAGGGUCAAUGCCAAGUUGCCGACUGUAUCGUUUACUACAACUCUUCAUCUUUGCCACUCGAAGAAUAUGACGCCAUUUUAAUCCACGUUAUUCGCUUAAACGAGACUCACUUACCAACAUUUACUCGUCGUAAACACCAAAGAUUCGUCUUUCUAACGCAAGAAUCCCCCGAUUCGAUGACCGAUAAAUGCGUCAACGUCACGACAUUAGGAAACGUGUUCAACUGGACGAUGAGCUACAAAGGCAACUCAGAUAUCCCGAUGCUUUACGGGCGCAUCUUUCCGAAAUCAACUGCUCCAAGAAAUGUGGAAGAGGCACAACAAAGAAUUAGAGAAACGCAUACGGAUGAAAAUUAUGCGGCUAACAAAACCAGACUGGUGGCCUGGAUGGUAUCCCAUUGUGAAACACCCGGCCAUAGAGAGAGAUACGUUUCCCAGUUAAGAAAAUAUAUUCCCGUACACAUUUACGGUGAUUGUGGCCAUUUCAAGUGUGCUCAAAGCAACAUGUACCCUUCUACAUCCAGUCCGGACUGCUACUCUAUGCUCGAAUCCAAGUAUAAAUUCUAUUUAUCUUUUGAAAAUUCCAUUUGCAAUGAUUACGUCACUGAAAAGUUUUUUGAAACAAUGAAUCGUCGAUUGAUACCAAUCGUGUAUGGUGGUGCAAAUUACAGCCAAAUCGCCCCCGUUCAUUCUUACAUUAAUGCACUGGAAUAUACUCCGGAAGAAUUGGCCAACUAUCUCAAAAUCCUAGACGCAAAUGACACGCUGUACAACGAAUUUUUCUGGUGGAAAGAUCACUACGACGUCGAAAGUCAUAUAACGCAAAUGACUCGUCAUAGUUUCUGUGGUUUAUGCAAAAAACUUCACCAGGAUGAAGGUGUAACCAAAUUCUAUCCGACUCUCGAGCCAGAUUGGCAUCCAAGAACACAGUGUAAACGAAUUUCAAAGAAAUGUUCCAUCGUUCUGAAGCCUUCUGAAUGAAUUACAUUUGUUAUGAACUGCUUAUGGUGAUAAAAAAAAUGAA